GAUCCAGAAGAGUGUUUGUGGAGACUCUUCAUAAGCGCGUCAGCCGUACAUGGAUGUUCCUUGCUGGACAGAAGACAGAAUAAGUGAUGACUCUCAGGGGUCUCCGGACGUCCCGUUCUGACGCACAAAGCAUUACACAACACUAAGAUGAGUGGAAUCUGCUCGGAUCAGGUGGUCUCUGUGCGUCCAGCGGUGUAGCUGUGUUCAGGAACGUGUCGAGCGGGGGGGUCCUGGCCGAUCACCUGUGGCGAACCGGACGUCCUCUGUUCAUCACACUGAGAGAGAGAGAGAGAGAGCUUGAGCGCAGGGCGGCGUGCUGCAUUCAGCCUCCAGCAGGAGAGAGAUAAAGACACUAGAGAGGGGUCUGCGUGUGAAUCUGAGCUGAUGGCAAACUCAGCGUGUGUGAUGCUGUCAGGCUGCGGGAUGCUGCCACAUUCACUGCACUGCCCACCCGCGUACCUUUACCUGCCCCAGGGUAACCAGGAGGCCAGCAGUCCCGCGGACGCCAUGGCCCAGACUUACACCCCGCAGUACGCCCCUCAGAACGGAAUCCCUGCCGAGUUCACAACACCGCACGCCCUUCCCACGCAAGAUUACACGGGACAGAGCCGCGUUCCCGAUCACAGCCUGACCAUCUACACGCCGACGCACAGCGAGCUGCCCAACGGUGACAGCAACACGCCGGCCAUUUCCUCCAGUACCAACAACACAACGACAGACGACGUGACGCAAACGGUAGUUUCCCAGCAGGUGAUGCUCUCAGAGUCCACGGAGAAACAGCAGCCCAAGAGGUUACACGUCUCCAACAUUCCCUUCCGCUUCCGGGACCCUGAUUUACGGCAGAUGUUUGGGCAAUUUGGGAAGAUCUUAGACGUGGAGAUUAUCUUUAAUGAAAGGGGAUCAAAGGGCUUUGGCUUUGUAACGUUUGAAACGAGCUCAGACGCAGACCGUGCGCGGGAGAAACUAAACGGUACAAUCGUAGAAGGACGAAAGAUUGAGGUGAACAACGCCACAGCCAGAGUCAUGACCAAUAAGAAGGCAGUAAAUCCAUACACAAACAGUUGGAAACUGAAUCCAGUCGUAGGAGCCGUGUAUGGACCUGAGCUCUACGCAGUGACGGGUUUCCCGUAUCCGGCCGCGGGGGCGACGAUGGCUUACAGAGGAGCUCAUCUGAGAGGCAGAGGUCGAGCUGUUUAUAACACCUUCCGUACGGCUCCUCCUCCUGCACCCAUCCCUGCAUACGGAGCAGUUCUGUAUCAGGACGGAUUCUACGGCGCUGAGAUCUACGGUGGUUAUGCAGCGUACAGAUACACACAGCCCACGACAGCUACAGCUUACAGUGACAGUUAUGGGAGAGUCUAUGCAACAGCAGAUCCAUAUAAUCAUACCAUCAGUCCUGCAACCGCUUACAGUGUGGGUACCAUGGCUAGCCUGUACAGAGGAGGCCACAGUCGCUUCACGCCGUACUAAACAACAACAGCAAACAAACAAACAAACAAAAAGCGCCGAACUCUUUGUUGGAGUUUGGUUCAAUCUAAAAUGCUUCCAGGUCACAGCGACGACCUCAGCUCACCCGCAUCCUCUCGAACCCGAUGGCGACGACGAUUGAGGACCGCGGUUGAUUUUGAAGAACAUGUACAGAACUGAUCAACGGAGAAAUCACCGGAUUAAAGCGCCUCAUGAACGACCUUUUGUUUAUAAUGUUGCCAAUGUUUACAUAUUUCUAUUUCUAUGCUGUUUGAUUGUCUCUCACAUUUGACUUUGUGUUUCUAAAUGCGUCAUUAUUGAUAUUAAUAUAACUAAACGAUCUUUAUUAUCUACUGUAUAUAUCUGCUAGUGUCCGUUUAGACGUGAAAUAUCUCAGGAUCCUCUCUUACUUGUCGCUGAAUUCACGUUCACCCCAGCAACCUCCAAAUUCACCCUCAGAUCUGAAAACACGGUCCUCGCUGAUGUAGAACGGCACUUUGUGUAUGAAGAAGUCGUCACUGUUUGUUUAGGAAGUCAUCUGUGCAUGAUAUGAUACUGAUAAGAGGACACGACGGGUGUUUGGACCUCGCAUGGUUUAGAUUUACCUCUGAAAGCAGCGAGCAGGUUUAACACACACAGAAUUUCUGAUCAAAUACAGAAUGAGAUUUAAAGGAGGAAGAGGACGGAGAGGAGACGUGUGAAAGAGAUCUGUCUCAGAGAACGUGUGUGUGAAAAUACAGGGGGAGAGAAUCAGAAAAAUGCAGCAUGUCUUCGUGAAGGUCCUUCCACUUCUGCUGUCAUUCUGUUUCAUGUUUCCAGCACCUCGACGGUUUUUACGAAAUGCAGGUUUUAUUUCCUAAUGCUCACACACAGACUUCAGCUCUUUUUCAUCACUAACAUGUCCUGUUAACAGCUGUAAAAACACAUUUGUUCCAUUAGGAAUACUUCAUCCUCACAUGAGUAUUUACUAUAGUAAACUGCAGUAUACUGUAGUGAUGACUACACUUUAGGAUUUUAAGCAUAAACUAUAUCAAAGUGAUAGACUAGUAAACAUUGUAGGAUGCUUAGUAUAUAUAGCAUUUAUAAAAGUAAACUAGUGAAUCGUAGUAUACUGUAGUGUACUAUAGUAAUCGCCAGUGUUGGGUAAAUUACUCUCAAAAAGUAACUAAUUACUAGUUACUAAUUACAUAUUCAAUAGUGUAAUAGAUUAUUGUACAAAUUACUCUCUCCAAAAAGUAUUUGAUUACUUAUUACUAAUGACUUUCUAUAUCCUACAUCAACCUUGAUAAGUUAAGUGAUUCAAGGAUAGACAUGAAACGGCUCUUUAAAUUCAUUGAAAUAAAUAAAAUAAACUACAUAAAGUACUCUUAUUAACUGACCAAAGUAUGACAAAUGUGAGAAUUAUGCAUUAAAGCAUUCAUUUUAAAGUUAGACUUUGAAUUUUGAUGUCAAUUCCACUAUUGCACACACAUAUAUUACACAAAGUAUUUAGUUUAAUUACAUCAGAAGUAACUGUAAUUAAAUUACAGAAAAAACAGAGUAAUCCCUUACUUUACUUUUUCAAAAGAAAAGUAAUUAAAUGACAGUAACUAAUUACUUAGUAACUAGUUACACCCAACACUGGUAAACGCGACACUUGUUUAAUGUAUACAACAGUAUUCUGUAGUAUUGACUAUAGUGAAGUGAUCAACUGUAGUAAAUACUGUAGCGUACUUUAAUAUUUAAAUACUAUAAUAUUUACUAUAGCACUGUAGUAUCUACACUUUACUGUAGUAAAUACUAUACUUGUAUACUGUAGUAUGUUUUUCAUUGUUCUGGCGGUAUGCAAAAACUGAGUUGAGACUUCUGCUACAAAAAAGCUGAACUACACAUGUAAAGUAGUUUUUUGUUUCUCAGCAAACCAUCAAAUUCUCUAAAGAUCCUCUACGGUUGUGUUUCAUACGCUCACGACAAACAGACCGAUGAACUAAAUCUCUUCAAGACUGAUCUCAGAUCAGAUGCUCGUCUGUUAUUCUGUCUGUGGUUGAGAGACAGAUUACAGUGUUACACUUAAAGCUGGUGUGCUUGAGAUGUUAUUCCUAACAACAGAUCUCAACUACUCACUAGUUCUUCAGAUGUCUCAAUGUUUAUUAUAGUACCGAUAUAAACCUCUUGAUGUCUGUGAUAUUAAACAAACCAACCAAAGCGGAGAACGUAAACCUCUGAAUAUAGAAAGAAUUAGAAUUCAUUGAAUAUAAUUAUUUUUAAAGGGGCUCGCUUGUGUGUGUAUGUGAAGGGUCGACACACCGCAUCUUUUCUGAACGUUGUGAAAAUAUUCAGGAUCCAGUUUAAAACAUGUUUUUUUCCAGCGUUCGUGUUUUUAAUCCUGCAGAGUGAAAUGUUAACACGGAUGCACUGAAAGAGUGAUGUGAUGGCAUUAUAUUGUACCAUUAACCAGCAGACGGGUGUAAACGUAUAGACAUGAACCAGCUCAUUUUAUUUGAUUUGAGUAAUAUAAACGCAUCACAUGUCAUUCUGAAGUUCUCGUGAAGUCUACGUCAGCACAGAGGACUGAAGUGAUCUCACGUGAGUCCUGUAGACUGACGUCUAUUUGCUCUUCAGGGUUCAACCCAGCAAACAAUUUUUGGUUCCCAGAACGUUCCCCUAACGUUAGUUUUUGGUUCCCAGAACGUUCCCCUAACGUUAGUUUUUGGUUCCCAGAACGUUAUUUUCUGGUUAUUUAAAAAAAAACCCAGCCUGCAACGUUCUGGGAACGUUAUUUUCUGGUUGCAAAAAUAAAACCGGAAAAGAGCGUUCUUAGAACGUUAUUUUUUGGUUCUCAAAAAAAUAACCAAAAGGGAACCAAAAACUAACGUUAGUGGAACGUUCUGUGUUUGCUGGGAAUUCUUCUGGACCGCCUUGUUUACUACACUAAGCAAAAAAAGAUUAUGAGUUGAAAAGACAAAAAAGCAAAAAAGGACUCUUUGUAAAUGUAUUAUAUAUAUAUAUAUAUAUAUAUAUACAUCAUACUUGUUUCAAAUAUCUAUAUAGUGGAGUUUCUCUAUACGUCUAAAAAAAGAAUGAUUCUUUAACUCAAUUUUUAUUUCUCUGUUUUUCUUGGAUAUGUUUAUCUAUUGCACUGUAUAUGAUGUGGUCUUUUUUCCCAUGAGAAAUGAUAUUUGAUGUUUAUAUAUUCAUUAUACAUACAUAUAUAUAUAUAUACAUUCAUGUUCAUUAUAAUUCAUGAAUAUAUCUACAUAAAUAAAGAGCUUAAAGUACCAGCGUUUGAAAAUCAAAGUUUAGUUAUUUUACAAGAAACCUAAAAUAC